UGAUAAUGAGUAUUACCUAAAUUUCACCAUUGUUUUUGCAAUCAUUGUGUUAGAUCCUGGGAAUGUCUGUGGAUGUAGGUCAAAAAAGGCAAGCACUAGGACCAUGAAGAAGACUCAAGGCUGUAUAUUUUGUCUGGCAAAGUAGAUGCAGCCUGCCCGAGCCGAGAAAGCAGUCAGAGAAUGAGUUUACAUCUGUUGAUCAGAUUAAACUUGAGUGUCAACACCGAAAAGGAUUAGCUGUAUGUGAUAGCAUGCAAAAAUAUGUUUUAUAAUGUAUUUACUUAUAUUUUUAUUUGGAAAAUGCACUAAGGGAAAGUAAAAAAAAAACAAAUAGUUGUUAAAUGAUACAAAACUAAAUUAUAAGACACAAAUUCAAAGCAAAAUAUACAAAAUGGUAUGUUCUGGAUAAAAUUAACUUACCUUUUUACAGCGUGGUGACUUGUAUUGCUCAUAACUGCUAAUUUUGGGUGAUAAAAUACAGUACCUUAUUAUACCUUAUUGAAAAAUACAUGCGACUAGGCUAUUGGAAUAAGGCAGGACGACUCUAGCAAUGAGCUGUUUAAAAUGAUCUCUAUCCAUCCGGCUGUCUUUACAAUAUGACAUUUAGGAAAAGGUGGAGGCUUAGAUUAUGCAGGUUACCGUUUCUUUUCUUCUGGUUACUGUUAGGAUUCUUUAUCAUGAUAGUGACACAUCUGGACCCUCUUUUUGGGGAGUUUAAGGAACCAGCCGCUGCGUGGCAUGAGCGCGUCGUGGGUCAGCCAGACUUCGAGGAAAUUCUGGAGGGGCGAGACCAGCUUGAAAUGGACGGACUCUCCCCUUUAAAGAAGUCUUUCAAAGAGGACCAGUUGAUAAUCGUCCCUUCGAAACUUAAAAGGAAAGCGAAUGAUGUUAAGAAGGGGAAUUACAAAUUUGUGAAGCCUGGUAGUGGUAAGAAAGGUGAAAAGAGUACUGUUGUACACGGCGACCUGGGAAAACCAGUUCAUCUUAAACUGAACGGGUUUGAAAAGGAUACAGAGAAGUCUGGACUGGCAAAGCACGGGUUUAAUGAAGCUGUCAGUGAGAGAAUCUCUCUGCAUAGGAGACUCCCAGAGGUACGCCAUCCUUUAUGCCUGCAUCAGCAGUACAGCAAAAAGUUGCCCACUGCCAGUGUCAUCAUCUGCUUUCAUAAUGAGGCUUGGUCCACCCUCCUGAGAACCAUACACAGCGUUCUGGACACAGCACCCAGAAAUCUUCUGAAGGAAGUCAUCCUUGUGGACGACCUCAGCCAACAAGGACAUCUGAAGACAGCUCUCAGUGAGUACAUUUCCAGGCUGGAUGGGGUCAAAUUGAUCCGGAGCAAUAAGCGCUUGGGGGUUAUUGGUGGACGCUUGCUUGGAGCUGCACGAGCGUCUGGGGACGUGCUUGUCUUCAUGGACUCGCACUGUGAAUGUCACAAGGGUUGGCUGGAGCCGCUGCUGGACAGAAUUGCGGGGGACAGAAGCCGUGUUGUGGCCCCAGUUAUAGAUGUAAUUGACUGGAAGACGUUUCAGUAUUACCACUCGGUUGACCCACAGAGAGGAGUCUUUGACUGGAAGCUGGAUUUCCACUGGGAGCCGAUCCCCAAGUAUGAGAAGGAGCAGCGCGGCUCCCUGGUCAGCCCAGUCAGGAGCCCCGCUUUGCCAGGGGGAGUGCUGGCUGUGGAAAGACAUUACUUCCAGAACAUUGGUGCCUACGAUCCUGGCAUGUCUAUAUGGGGGGUGGAGAAUAUGGAGUUGUCAAUCAGGGUGUGGCUGUGUGGCGGGUCCCUGGAGAUCCUGCCCUGUUCCCGUGUUGGGCACCUGUACCGACAUCGUGUUCCGUACUCUCUACCUGACGAGGAGACUGUCGUGAAGAACAAGAUCAGAGUGGCUGAGACUUGGCUUGACUCCUUUAAGAACAUCUUCUACAAGCGGGACAUGGCAGCAUACCUAAUAGGCAAGGCUGAGGCACCCAACUGUACAGAAAGGGUACAGCUGAGCAGAAGACUUGGGUGCAAAGACUUUCACUGGUGUUUCCUGACUCAAAACAUCCCCCAGAACUAUGUGCAAUAUUAAUAUCUUUCUAAAAACCUGUAUUUAAAGCUGUACAAUGUUGGCACUGGCUAUUGUGCAGAUUACAAGACCAGGUGGGGUGCUGCUGGAGGUCCUGUCCAGCUCUCCCCUUGCAGUGGUAAUGGCAAUCAGCACUCUGAAUACAACAGUAUGAGGGAAAUCCGGUUUGGCUCUGGAGGGCAGUUCUGUUUCGAUGUCAGACAGGAGCAGGUGAUUGUGUCAGAAUGCACCUUACAAGAACAAGCCCACUUCAGACAGCAAUGGGAAGUACGACAGCAGAGUGGUGGAAUUGCCCAUAUCCUAACUGCAAAAUGCAUAGAAGCUGUGAAAAGUGGAGCAAGUCUGGGGCUGUUUCUGCGACCAUGCAGUCCGGUUGCCAGGCAACAUUGGCAUUUUGAGCAGCUGAUAGCCAUGAACGAGGAGUGAUUUGCCUGCCCUACUACAGUGUGAUGCAUGCAAUGUUUCGAGCUGUGGAGUAGGAUAUGUAGACAAAUGUUGCAGAAAGGAUGAGUAAUCCAAUAGAGCAGAAUCUAUAUAUACUGUGUUUAUCAACUGUAGGUAAAAUGGAAUCCUAAUCAAAAGCGAACCCAAUGAUUUAUGCAUGUCCAGGAUGCCUUAGCCUACAUUUUGUAUUAAAAUGCUGGUCAUUGAAUAUUUAUGUAAACAAAAAAAAAAAAGUAAUGCAUUACAGUUUUACAUUUCUUUCUGUAAUGGUUCUGCUUUAGAUGUUUUAUACUCUACUAUUGUCAUUAAACAAUAAGCACUUGUAACAGGAGGUUCUAUAGGUUUCUGGAGGAAAUCACUUAUUGGUGCCACCCUUUAUGUGAUAGAGACAGUGGUUGUAAGUGGCUUUGCUUCUUGACCCUGAAUUAGCUGCAGUAGCAGUCUAGCAGUUCUGGGAGUUUAGAGUAUGUUGGAAAACAGCUUGCUUACCAGAAGGACAUGCGUGGCAACAGUGUGACCUACAAACAGGAAAGAGACCUGGUAAAAGUCAAAAGCUGUCCUAAAAUAAAGUCUUGUAUGUAAAUGAGAGCAUAGGCACGCCAAGUAAAGGCUUUAGAGGCUAACUAUUAAUGACAAAAAACAUGUUUAGUGGUUUAUUGAGACACACUAUUGAAAGCAUGGGAUAUUUGGGAUUGUGACACGGACUGUAUUUAAAUGAUUCUGUUCUAUCAUUCUGACUUUGACAAUCCUAACUGUCAAUGCAAAAGAUUUUGCCAGGUGAUUGUAACCACUGCUUUUUGUUUUAAGGCAUACAUAAUAAUCUAGUGCCAGUAUACACUGUGUUAUGUAGAUGUACAGUAUUUAAUUCAAUUGAUUGUUUU